UUUUUACUUUGAUCAAAAUAUAUAAUAAAGUUAUAUGUAAAAUGGAUGUUGUUGUAAUGCUGCUGACUAAAGCUCAGAGGAAUAUUAUUACAAGUAGGAAACAGAUCAAAAUGCUCACAGCUGAAAGGAACAGAGUGCAGCUCACAUUUGAGUUUCAGAUGUAGUCAAAUUAUAGUUUGUUCCUGCAUGUAAACCUGCAUACUUCUGCUUUUCACAUGUUUUCAUAUUGUCACCUCACAGGAGUUCAAGGUCACCGUGGUGAUGAGAACCAAGGUGGGGUCAGCUCCCAAGCCGAAGAAAUCAUGAGCAAUGGAUCUAAAGGAAUCGGUAAUGGGAGCAGAGUUUCGGUGCAAGUCAGCUCCCAAGCCAAAGAAAUCCUGAGCAGUCAUCUUACAACUGUCUUCCUCCCAAUCAUCUACAUCAUUGUGUUUGCUGUGGGGCUGCCCACCAACGCCAUGGCAAUAUGGGUAUUCCUCUUCAGGACCAAGAAAAAGCACCCGUCUUCAAUCUACAUGGCAAACCUGGCUCUGGCUGACUUGCUCUUUGUCAUCUGGGUCCCCCUGAAGAUAUCAUACCACUUCAAAGGCAACAACUGGAUCUAUGGAGAAGGGCUGUGCAAAGUGCUGGUGGCAUUUUUCUACAGCAACAUGUACUGCUCCAUCGCCUUUAUCACCUGCAUAAGUGUCCAGCGUUACUGGGCAGUGGUCCACCCACUGUCCGAGCAGCAGAGGGACAACCGCAUACCCGUUGCUGUCUCCAUCACAGUCUGGGUGGUGGUCUGGCUUAUCACCAUCCCUGUCUACCUGUAUGACCAACAGGUCAGAGUAACAAACUACAAUCUACAAAUCCUUACCUGCCAUGAUGUCACCAGGGAAAGUCAGGUGGGAAUAGCAGCUGGCUACUUCCUGACAAUGGGAACUCUGGGAUUUGUUGUUCCCACUAUUGUGUGUAUCAUAUCCUACAUCCUCAUGCUCAAAGCUCUCAGGAACAGCAUGACAGAUGCUGCCAUCACCAAGAGGCGGCGGAAGGCUGUGGUCUUGAUGAUCACAGUGUUGGUUAUGUUUUUAGUGUGCUUCACCCCCAGUAACAUCAUGCUGCUGGUACACUAUAUCCUCCUGUUGAGCGGGGCUGACAACAACCUGUACGGAUUUUACACCACCACCCUGUGCCUGGCUAGUCUCAACAGCUGCAUCGACCCUUUUGUUUACUACUUUAUCUCCAAGGACUUCAGGGAUCAUGUGAAGAACACGUUCCUCUGCAGGAGUGAGAGAACAGUGAAGAGGAUGAAGGUGUCCUUCAGGGCUCCGAAAAACUCACAAGAGCAGCACACCACACCUAACUCAGAUAACACACAGAGCACUGAAUGCUAGUGGAUUAAUCAUUAUUAAGCUGUUUUAUUCCUGAUCAUUUUCUCCCUUCAGAUAUUGUUUUUCGGUAACACUUAAUUUACAGGCCUCUUCAUUUUUAUUGUAGUUUCUUGGAUAAUUGCUGGUAAUUUACAGGUAUGAAGCGGUUAAGUUUUCAGACAUUUUCCAGAAAGGAAAAUGUCUUCAUACAUAGUUGCAAAUUAGGAAAAUUUUAGAUUCUUAACAUUAAUUUAACUUACAGAAAAAAACUUACUGUUCAAUGUCAAACUACAUAUUAGCGUAUGAGGUUCUUAAAAACUGUAUGAGUCCAUUUCCCAUAUACUGCAAAACUACAUAACCCUUUCAAAGAAUGAACAGCUAUUGUGUAUAGCAGCUACUUUUAGGAUUCCUGGAAAUUAAUAGGAAAUGAAGCAACCCGUAAAAUAAAGUCUUAAUUUUUUUCUUAUUCUACUGUGAAUUCUUCCACCUCAGGUUUGGUUCAGUGCAUUAAAGGAAAUUUAGGAGUCAUCUUUGACCUCCUGUUUCAGAGCUUUGAGCUGUCUAAAUUACUGCUUAUAUUGUUUUAAUACAUUUAAUUGUCUUUAUAUCUUUUACAACACACUUGUUUUAUGCACUUUGCUUGAUGCAGUUUGCUUGAUUUCAGCAGGAUAUGAAUGAUUGCCUUAAUGCAGUUUUGAUGGGUCUAAUCUUUUAUUCCAUGUUGUAAUUUGAUGAAUUUUCUGUCAAUGUUUGAUGUGUCAGAAUUGAGACCCAAACCUAAAAUGGGCAAAAUUUAGCAGGUUUUAUAAUGUAAUGGAUAAAAGUUUGUCUGUGAUUUUUAAAGUAAUAAUUUUUGCUUGUAUAUCUACAUUUUAGUUUGUCAAUAAAAGUCAUUGUCUAACUAGCA